AUGAAUGAAAGUAAACGUACACAACAGGACACGCAGCAACCGCAGCAGCAGAGAAGGAAGUUUGAGGGUCCAAAGAGAGAGGCUAUUCUUGAUUUGGCCAAGUACAAGGACAGCAAAGUCCGUGUGAAAUUGAUGGGCGGAAGAUUGGUGACGGGAAUCUUGAAGGGCUAUGAUCAAUUGAUGAACCUAGUGCUAGACGAAACUUUGGAGUAUAUGAGAGAUCCAGAAGAUCCUUCCGUCAUACUGAAGGACAAGACAAGAGAGCUUGGUUUGAUCGUUAUUAGAGGUACAGUUCUUCUCUCCUUAAGUCCCUGCGACGGCUCUGAGGUUAUCUACGUUCAGGAGGCAGACUGA